AUUACUGGAAGGAGGCAUAUUAAGGAUCUUUGCCAUAUUUUUGAGCAACUGAUAUUGACCCACUGUUGAAACACAUCAGAUAAGCACCAAUCAAGGUUUUGCAAUGCUGUCUUUGCGUGGCUAUAGUGCCUGACAACCAGCGAUCGUUUCAAUUUGGAUACUUUGGAUACUGGCGUCUAGCUUUCUUCUAGCUCUUUGAUUUUUAAUUGGAGUCCAAACCAUUUCGGUGAUGGCAUUUGCCAUGCUGAGGCCCAUAGCGACUCGUCUAGCGUAUCCGGAUGUUGCCAUGAUGUCCGAGGAUGAGGACAACCGCAGUGAGAGCGACGGCAGUUCGGAGCAGAGCUACGGCUGCUGCCUCAGUGCGGAGAAGCGGCGGCGCCUGUCCUGCAAGUCCACAGUGAGCGGUGUGGUUAUUGUAAAGCAACGGAACGUAGCAAACGCGCGGGAACGCGACAGGACGCAGAGCGUCAACACGGCUUUCACGGCGUUACGGACUCUUAUUCCCACCGAGCCAGUGGACAGAAAGCUGUCAAAGAUUGAGACUCUGCGUUUAGCGUCCAGUUACAUCUCACAUCUGGCCAAUGUGCUACUGAUAGGGAACGGAGGAGAGGACGCGCAGCCGUGUGUCAGCCCGGUGUACAGUGCGCAGGGGGAGAGCGGAGGAAAGCAGCCGCGCACUAUCUGUACUUUCUGCCUCAGCAGCCAGAGGAAAGGGAUUAAGGACGGGACGGACUGUGUUCGUAUGCGGGGAAUCACUUCACUGCGCGUGACACGCCGGUAGCCAGCAGCAGCGCGUGAUGAAUCCGCAACUCAGCGAGAGGUGUGCAAGCCGCGCGACGCUCCGGAGACUCCUCGCGAAACACGCGCGGGACGGAGAUUUUCGGAAGACUCGCCAUUCAAACAAGAGUUGAUUUUGACAUUUUUCUUUACCUAUUUGUGUUUUGUAUAGAUAUAUAA